AUGCAAAUUCUCGACUUGACUCCUGAACCUUGGUUUGCGAAGUUCCUCAUAGUCCACUCGGAAGAUGAGACCAAACCCAUGGCUAAGGUAUCCCCAUUCACUAUUGCAAGAGACUUAGAAAGGACAAUAGGGAAGUCUUAUAAUGCUCGAAAGCUGACCACAGGAGAUCUCCAAAUUGAAGUAACCACAAGGCAACAAAGCUCCGCUCUCCAUUCACUUGACAAAAUUGCCGAUAUAUCAGUCACUGUGACCACACACCGAACACUUAACAUCGUGAAGGGCGUCAUCUCAGAGUCUCAACUCCUUGACUGCUCAGACACUGAGAUCGAGGAAGGGCUUAAAGACCAAGGCGUUGUGACGGCGAGGAGAAUUGUGAUGCGUCGGGAUGGCUUCCUCAGACCAUCAAAGCAGGCUAUCUUAACUGCCAUGUACGUCCGUAUAUCCCGAAUCCGCGACGCUGUUUCAAGUGCCAGCGUUUUGGACAUGGUUCGCAGGUCUGUCGAGGACACGCGAUCUGUCCAAAAUGUGCUGGACCACUCUGCAGAGUCCUGUGCAAAUGAAGUCCGCUGUGCAAACUGUAAAGGGAGCCACCCAGUCUACUCCAGGUCCUGCCCCCGUUGGCAGGAAGAGAAAGAAAUACUCAAAAUGAAAGUAACGCAGAAUAUCUCAUACAGAGAAGCAAAGACACAGGUAGAAUUUGCCAGAAAAGGCACGUUCUCCGAAGUGGUGCGCCGGGGAGUGGCACCACUGCGGAAAUCUGUGGAGACGCAGACUUCUGGGUCUCCACCCCACACUCCCCCCACACAAGAAAAGCCUGCGGAGAGCUUGCUUCCGCUGGCACCAGCUGCUCAGGUGGGCAGCCGGGAAGUAGCGGCCACAACCUCUACGGAGGUUGAUGGCGAGCUGUCAGUUUGGGACGGGCUCACAGGGGGCUCAUCCCAGGCUGCCACACACACGAUGGAUGUUGACGAUGAUGACUGCAUGUCGCAGAAAUCAUCGUCAAGCCUUCCCCCCAAUCCUUCCCCAUGGAAGGAACAGAGAACGAAAAAAGGAGGCCGAGGCAGGGGUAGUACGUCCCUAGGUAAACAUAAGCCCCCAAGGGUUACACCUCCCACAUAA